UUCGAGCAAGAGGCUAACGCGGAAGUCUAAAGCCGAAUCGUUUUUUCCUCACAACCGGCAUGUACAUAAUAUAUUGCAGCGUUUUGCAUAGACAACGCUAACUUAGAUUUAAUGUCAGGAGCGGCUCAUUUGACGUGUCCGAACCCUGCAGCGCUUUAAUAUUAGUAUCUUAAAACGUGCGUGUCCUGAUAUGAAACUGUGUCCCCAUUGAUCGGCUGAGAUGCUGCCCGCCGGUCCCCAGCUGCAGCUACUGCGGCUGUUGUCCUGUGUAACUCUUGUUUUACUUUUACAAGUCACCGGCGCCAAGAGGGAUUUCAAAAGCGCCUGCUCUACCUGUCAGCAAGUCACUGAUAACUUCAACAAGGGCUUUGACAGAACGACAAAGCAGAACUUUGGAGGCGGCAAUACAGCCUGGGAGGAGAGAACACUGUCUAAAUAUGAGACGAGCGAAAUCCGUCUGAUGGAGAUCCUGGAGGGGCUGUGUGACAGCAGCAGCUUCGAGUGCAACCACAUGUUGGAGGAGCACGAAGAACAUUUUGAGACUUGGUGGUUCAAGAGGAAAACAAAACAUCCCGAUCUGCAUAAAUGGUUCUGCAUUGACACCAUAAAAACGUGCUGUCCAAAGGGAACGUUUGGACCGGAAUGCAAUGCCUGUGUGGGUGGCUCUGAAUGGCCGUGUCACGGAAAUGGACAUUGCGAUGGCGACGGGACUCGCGGAGGCAACGGAGAGUGCAGGCUGUGACAACGGUUAUGACGGGGACUCCUGCGCCUCGACUGCAUCGACGGUUACUUUCACGAAGUGGAGGAACGGGACACCUUCUCUCUGUGCACAGGAUGCCACUCUUCCUGCAAAACCUGCACGGGGCGACCAGUCAGGACUGCGAUGAGUGCCAAAGACGGCUGGGAGGAAGAUGACCAGGAGGCUUGCGUUGAUGUAAACGAGUGCUCCGCAGAUCCUUCGCCGUGUGGAGAAGAGCAGUACUGCGUGAACACGGACGGAUCUUACUCCUGCGCGGGUUGUGACAACAUGUGCUCCGGGUGCACCGGGGCCGGUCCUGAUAAGUGCCGGGCUUGUGCCAGUGGGUAUGAGGACACAGAGGGCACCUGCACAGAUAUUGACGAGUGUUCCCAGCCAGAGCCGGUAUGCACCAAGGAACACGAGCAGUGUGUCAACACUAAAGGCAGCCAUGUGUGCGCCUGCUCGAGUGGUUAUGAGGAGCAGGAAGGAGAGUGUGUCCCCACCCUACAUCCGGAAAAAGAAGAGGAGUCGGAAGCGUCCGAGACGACCACCGAUAGUCCACACAUGGAGCUUUAAUUGGAAAACCGAGACGAAGAACCGAUUUGUGUAGUGCAAUGGAUUAAAUCUGCACAUCUGAAGCCGCCCAUUUUUUUUUUUCUUUUUUUUUUUUUAUGUCGACUACAUGCACUUAACGUACCAGAUGAAGUUUUUCUCCAGCAGUGGCUCAUGGAUUAAAGGACAAUAAAAGAGACAUUUGAUGCUCUCAGGUUGCUGGUUAUCGUUGCUUUUCCCUGGUGUCCACAAACUACCACUUAUUUGUCUUUAUCUGUUGUAUGGUUUUAAAAUCAAAGAUUCAAUAAAGGUGAAGUAAAUAGAA